UGCUCCUCUCUCCUGCUGCUCAGUGUGAAGAGGAACAGAGGGGAGCUGGCUGCGCGUCCAGACAGCAGCGGCGCAAGUUUCCUUUCCGAGAGCCGCACACACCCCGGGCAGCAGCCCCACAUCCUGCGGGAGGAGGACCAUCCUGCGUCUCCCUCUGCCUCGUUAUCUCCGACCCUGCUGGUGCAAACGGACCUUCUACGUUCCUCUGAUGAUGAGCAGCUGGAGUCAUGUGGAGUAACCCAGGGACGGUGCAGCGCUUCUCGCUGGUGUGUCUUCUCCUGACUCUGUGUGUCGAGGUGUGCCGGUGCAGCGGCUACUUCGAGCUGCAGCUGAUUUCGGUGGAAAACCCUAAAGGUCAGCUCCUGAACGGGGACUGCUGCGACGCAGAGAGGAGCGCCGCGGACGGCCUCUGCGGCGCGGACGAGUGCGACACCUACUUCAGAGUGUGUUUAAAGGAAUACCAAAAGGAGGUGACGACCAGCGGACCGUGCACCUACGGCUCGGAUACUACUAAGGUUAUCGCUGGGAAUACUUUUCAAUUCAAAGGCGGGCCGAGUCGGCAUGACAUCGGGAAGAUCGUCUUUCCCUUUGAGUUCGCAUGGCCGGUGAGUGAAUCCAGAUUUUAGUGGCAUAAAAAGUCAUUGUCGGAUUUUAGGGGUUUGAGGUUGUGUGUUUGGGACAGAAGAACAGACUCAAAGUUGUGCGUUUUGUGGUCGCCGUGGCGCAGUUUGCUGUUUUUCUGCUGCUGGUCUUCCUUCAGUUGUCUCAGAAAACCUUAUUUCCGUUUCAUCCGUUUGGAAAAAAUAUAACAGAACCGAGAUUUUGGAAACAUUUCGUGUUUCUACAGCUGAAUCCACGAGCGCGCCUGACGCGUGACUUUUACGCACGGCAUGCGGCCGCAGUUGCGUCUCGGUUAGUUUUGUCCAGGGUGAGGAGGGUUUUUCAAUCGGUGCUGGUUAAGAGGUGGCAGGUAACUCAUUAUCUUCCUCAAAGAGAGCAGCUCCUCACGUGCAGAGCCAGCUCCAGUUGGAUCCGAGCUGCCAGUCAGAGCUCUGUGAAGGUGUGAGAUCCAAGAGCGACCAGCUGGUGAGGAGCAGGACCUGAAUGAAACUAGAUGUUAGUUACAGCCUGUCGUGUGUUUCCCUUACAGCUUCUGUGUGAACAGGUCUAAUUUGGCUCUUAGAACAACCUCAGUUUGGAGAAACAUAGAUGACUUCAGAUGAGCUAAACGGUUUCUAAUGUCUUAAAAGGUCUCUAAUCUAAAACAUAAAGGUGGCAGUAGUCCACGUGUGAGGAUUAUUCGUAUGCUACCUUCAAACUUCUGGUUUGCAUUUCAUAACAGAUCCGUCUGAACAACCAGGAAAGCCAACAUUUAUGAAAAAGUCAGUUCAAAGUAACAUCAGCACAAACUGGUGUGAAGUCUGGAGUUGGUGGAGGAUACUGGUGCCAUUUAAGUCCAGUCAGAACUCUUUUCUAUUUCUCCAAACUGAGGCUGUUCAAACUAAUAAACCUUUCAUUUCAAGAUUGUUUUUUUUAAAUUAGACUUAUAUUUUUGUGUUUUGGGAGAUCUGACUCGCAGCUUAGAAACAUCACUUUUGACUCCAGGCUCAUCAGAUGCAUCAACAACAACACAAUCCCCUUCCACGCAUUCAUUCAGCUGAAUCUCCAUCAGGUCAGAAUGCACUUUGUGCGCCACGGCAGCUACACCACCGCUCCAUUCAUCACUCCUCAUGGUCAGCUGUCAGCGGAGGGGAAGAUGGAAGCAGUAGGUUGGGGCCCUGUGGGCGGAUCUGGUUACCACAGACACAGGCGGUGGAUAUUGGUGUCACCAACCACUCAAACAAGUGAAGAUUCCUGGUGAAUCUGGGCUGUGGAGGCCUUUACCUCGCGGCCUCUCAGGUUCAAGCGGUGCCUGCUGUCGUUUCAUUGUCUCACCCGGUGUGUGUGGGGGGUCAGCGUUUUCCUCUACCUGCCUGGGAGAGGCGGAGGAGUGUGUAAACGAGUGUCAGCCUCCUCUUUUCAUGAAGAUGUCGAGAGCAGAUUCAGAUGGAUCAAUCUGGCACGCUGCUUCUGCUUUCAGCUUUGUGGUUUGACAGAUUCAUAUUUGGAUGCAGGGCUUGGGAUAGUGUGGUAAUGACCCACGCGGCCGCCAUUUUGGCGGCUUCCUUGUUAUUUCAGACAGCGCGCUCAGUCUCGUUCUUGCGACUUGAUUGAAUCUAUCAUUUGUUUGAUCGGUUAGGUUACGCAUCUACGGUAAAUCGUUGCUGCAUUGUGGAGUGCAACACGUGAUCGCCAGGGACAACGGUGGAAAACGGGCAAACUUCACACCGUUUUCCUGCUUGGAGGCAAAACCGCGGAGACCAAGUAUCUCAGAGUCUCGUUGGCUUGCUUGGAUCGCAGCUACAAGCUGAUCAAACGUCCCCUUCAGAGGGUCCUGGUCGUUGUGUGAAAGUGUAUUCUCAUAAGUUACAGCUGGCGUACGUUUAUCAUACACCGUUUCUUUCCUUCAGCCGUGACACACACACACACACACACACACACACACACACACACACACACACACACACACACACACACCGGUAGGCUAAUGCGGGCGCGCUGACACACGCCACAGCUUCUCCUGCUACACUUCUAUAGGAUGACAGUUUGAUAGCUUUACUAGAAAAACCAUCAGAUGAGACGUUUACAUCCGCUCACACACACAAGGUCACCGAGCGUGUCCGUUACACAAAGCCAUGGUGGCAACAAGUUGUCCUGGGUGCUCCAGUCUUGGGUCUUUCACUUGAAUCCUAACAAUUUAAAACGAUGAUUCUGUCCCCGACGUCUUUACGUAGCGUAUCCCCGUGUCUUCCACAUCCUUUUCAGGAUUUUAACUUGUUCUUUAACAUCUCCUGUCUGCCAAAUCUGCUUCCUCUCCGCAAUGUACAGUUUGUUUACACGGUUUGUUUACAAUGCUGAAGCUACCAACAUGUCCACCACGUCCCAGACGUGGGAUCACGAGCCCUCUUAAACUGGGUUUAUCCAACUUUAGCUUCAACACUGGAGACGGAGUAGAGUUACAGAAGUUUUUAUGAGACGAGCAUCAGAUCUGCACAAGAUCUCUUUUAUUCUUCUAAAACUGAUCGUCUCUAGCAGGAAAUGACCUGCUAUCGUAUAAAAAAGACUGCACGAGUAAUAGAACACAAUCCUGUUAGCGGAUCUAUGACUCUGGCCCAGAGACUGGAACUUUAUUCUGAAGGAACAAACCUUCUUAGCCACCGUGAUGGCUUCAUGUUUCUGCUAGAGCUGCAGCAGAGCGGCCGCUGCUGGAGGCUGCUGUAGACACGAUGGAAUAAUCAGGCUCCAAAGUACUUCAACAAAUACUAGUUUUAUCACUAAACACAGUCAGUGACACUCAUUGUGACGCACCAGCCGGAGAGAUUAAGACCAUUCUGAGUUCACCUGGAAACCGGGACUCCUGGACAGAAAACGGUGGUGAGUUUGGUUCCUGUGGGAUGUUUUACACGCCGCGACAGUUUGCUGGAAUUUUGGAUUGUUUUCCCAAAAGCAUUUGCGUGAGAGCGAGUGGUGAUGUUGGAGGAGGCCUGCUGCGUCUCUGCUCUAACUGGCGCUCUGUCGGGCGAAGGGUGGUGACGCAGCAACGUGCAGCUGUGGCCCCCAGUGGCUGCUGGACUGGACUCCUCCGGUCGGCCCCAGAAUCUGGGCCAGCGGUCCUGACAUGAAUUAGCUGCAGAGAAAAACACGUUGUCCUCCCUCCUCGUCUCCGGUCCUCUCCCCUCCGUGUCAGAUGUUCGGGUUGUAGUUGCAUGCUUUCCUAUGGGGGGGGAUGAUGGGCAGGGAGAGAAAAGAGGAGCAAGCGGGUGAGGAGUACUUUAAGGACUUUUCCUUCUCCCUUUUCUCCAUCUCCGUCUCUUCCUCUGGGGUAUUUUUAGCGCUGCUGUCCUCCCCUCACCCUUCUGUGAGUAAAUGAAGGAUCGAGAGUUUUCCUCCCUGUCUGCCCCCCUCCCAGCCUGGCAGCGCUGCAGGAGCAGAGGUGGAGCAGCUGUUGUUUGGAGACCUCCUGCUCCUCCUGCUAGAGUGAACGUUUCAGUGAAACAGCAUCAGGAAAACAGGCCAUGGUUACAGCCCUCUGAUCACCUCUCAGAGGAGUAUCAGUGGAAUGCUGGACGUCGGUCACUCUCUUGCCUCGUUGUCCUCGGAUGCUUGGCUCAUUUGCAGAGUGCGUCCUUGGCACGGUGUCCUGCUCCUCUUUCAGGAGCUGCUGGUUGUUGGGAUGAGCGGUUUAAGGACAAGACCUGAGGAGGAAGACAAGCCCACUGGGACAGGGGGGUCACGUUCCAUCAGAAUCAAGGUUCUUGUUUAUCCAGCCUUGAAGCCUCCCACCUCCACGUUACGGGACUUCUGAGCACAUCAGCAGUUUAGACUCUGACCUGUCACCAGUUUGUUGCAGUUUAGGGCCAACGAGUCCAGAAGAUCACUGGAAAAUCCGUAAAACCUUUCCUGAACUGGUUCUAAAAACAUCUUCAUUAUUGACGUGUUUUGUUCUGCGAUCUGGUUCUGGUUCUGUGCCACCUGUUCAGCUUUGGGUCUAAACACGGGGGCAGCUCCGUUUGCUGCGCUGUGAUCUUCAUGUUGUGACCAUAUGAAACACAUCUUUCAAACAUCUGUUUGUUUUCUCACGCAGCACGAGCAGAAUCCGUGCUGCCCGUGGUGACGUGGAGGCGACCGUCUCUCCUACAGCAGCACAUCUCACUGAUGCUACUUUGGUGAAAAACACAACUUUUAGCCAACUUUGCUGUUUUUUUCCGUCUUUUAUGAGCGGUGACGUUAGAUGAAGUUAGAUGAAGUAGAAUAGCAAGUGUCGUAGCUCAUCGAGUCCUUCAGAUGCAGCUGGUGUGAGGGUGUUUGAAGAGCGUGAACUUUUAUCGUUUUCUACUGAACAGAGAAGCGAAACUCGGCCCACCCUAAUAAAACGUGUGUUUUUAUAGACGUCCGUGUUCUCCGCGUUCUCCCUCCAUGAGAACCACCUGUAGCUAAAUUUGUUUUGCAUUACAAAGCAUUUGGCUUGUUAGCUUGUUUUGCGAGCUCUAAGGGCGUCCGGGCAUGUUCGCCUUGUCAGUUUGACUUUUUGUCUCAAAGCAAAAUGGAAAAAAUAUAAAAAUGUUGCAGUUCCACAAUUAACUCCUUCAGCACCGCUAAAAGUUGCUGCGAGCUGAAGUCCUGCUGACACACAAACAUCGACGGCCUGUGAUGAAGAGGAAAGUACUUGAGUGAAGUACUGUGUAGCCUACGGCAGCGGUGCUUUUGUUACGAAUGUGCAGAAUAUGAAGAGGUACUAAACUGCCAUGCUUUUGUUCUUUUUAAACACAGAAACAGUUUUGUUUACCUGUUUUGUUUACCUGUUUUGUAGCUACAGUUUC